UGCCUUCCAUAGUACAAAACCUAACUGUAGACGUAAAAAUCUUUACAGUGCUAAUUGGCAGCAAACUUAUAGAGGAAAUUGUACACAUGACCGACGCUCUUGUGUUACCAGACAAGGAUCUCAAUAACUUUGAUCAAUAUCUAUUGAUGGCGAUAUGUAAAAAGUGCUACAGGGGUUGGGCUCUCUUUGAACAUAGAAACGGCGUCAAUCUGCUCUCAUGUUAUAACAUAGACCACGACAGUAUCAACCAAUCAUGGACUAGUGCAAUGUAUAACUGCAGCAGCUAUUACAAUGGCUAUUUAGCAGGAAUCGAAACUGCGGCAGAGAUGAUUUUUGUUCAGAAGCAAAUUUUGCUAAAAGUUCAAGAAAAUAACAUGUCUUUUGUCCAAUUUCACAUCGGCCUGCGUAGAGACUUGAGUAACUAUGCGAAAAGUUGGGUUAAUGUUAAUUGUCAUGCUGUAACAACUUCCUCAGCACUUUGUGAAGUUGUUCUUCCUAGAAGUAUUAAUGAGGUUGAUUUAAUUAGCAGUCCAGCAAACACUUGUAAGAAUACUUUUGGGAAUUUUAUAUGGGCUCCAAAAUGUCAUUACAUCAAAGACAGAUACGGGGGUAUCGUCGGAUGCAGAGAUAUGUCACAUCUUAUAGACUGUGAGAACUUCCAGUGUGGUCAAGGAUAUGUGAAAUGUUAUAACUCGUACUGUAUCCCUCAUCAUUAUCUUCGUGAUGGAAGAACUGACUGUCCUACAGGAGAAGACGAGCAACUGUUCUACACUGGUCCUUGUACUGGACGUUUUGCUUGCUGGGACAGCAUCAUGUGUCUUCAUCCUGACCUAGUUUGUGAUGGACAUAACGAUUGUCCGUAUGGGGAUGAUGAGCUUGGCUGCCGAGAAUUUUGUCCUAACGGUUUUCGGUGUAUUUCAGGGACAGUGUCACUGACAGAUUAUAACAGAUCAGUUCCUUUAGACAUGGCCACUUUGUUUGAAGUAUUUUAUAGCGUACUGGUGCUUAUUAUGUCUAAUUGCAAGCUUAGUGAAUUAUAUAUUCCACAUAAUGCAGGAUGGUUUGCAAAGUAUGCGCCCUUUUCUAUUCAAAAAUUAGACAUUAGCUACAAUAUGUUUGAAAUAUUUUCAAAACAUGAUUACAACUUUUAUUAUAAACGUAUAGAUUAUCUUAAUAUGUCUUACAAUAGACAGCUUAAGUCAGUGGGAAAUCUGCGAUUUAAUUUUUUAGAAAUACUUGAUUUUUCCUAUACAAGUCUGUCUUACCUAAUCGAUUCAGUGUUUGUAUAUGUGCCCAGACUAAAACAUCUCAACUUGAGCCAUACUUUGAUUUCAGAUUUUACUAGACAAUAUUUCAGUUCAAAAGCAUCACUACACACCCUCGACUUAAGAGGUUUUCACACAGGAGAUCUCGAUGACUAUUUAUUUCAUGGUCUAACAAUUAGCCAGGCGUUGUAUACUGAUCUUUUCCAGAUUUGCUGUCCACAGAUUCAAGGAUUAGUAAUUUCACCUAGUGCGUGCUUUGCUCCUAUAGAUAUAGACGGCAUUUCCUCAUGUUCUAAUCUGCUAGGACUUGAUAUUCAGCGAUUUCUUCUCUGGAUGGUUGCAAUUAUCGCAGUUCUAGGAAACGUGACGGUCAUUGUUUAUCGUGUGAUCUGGGAUAGGUCAGUUCUCCAGACAGGAUACGGUCUGUUUGUGACCAACUUGGGUAUAUCUGACUUCAUCAUGGGUGUCUAUCUGUUUCUGAUUGCUGGGGCUGAUUAUUUUUACCGUGACAGUUACGUUCUAUAUGACAAGAGCUGGAGGAACAGUGUUGUCUGCAGGAUGGCUGGUUUUAUGGCCUGUCUCUCAUGUGAAGCAUCGACGUUCUUUGUUUUUCUGAUCACUCUCGACAGAUUUUUGGUGAUGAAGUUUCCAUUCGGUCAAGUAAAGUUUAGGGGCUCUCACAAAACUGUCGCAGUUGUGAUGUCUUGGGUGGCCAGUUUCCUACUUUCCGUUUUUCCUAUUGUUUUGAACUUCGACAUAUAUUCUUCUAACGCGAUGUGUCUUGGCCUACCCUUAACAAAUAUACACGCUAGAGGCUGGCAGUACAGUGUGGCAGUUUUUACUAUUUUUAACCUGAUCCUGUUUUUCUUCAUUGCGUAUGGUCAAUAUGCGAUUUUCCGUGCCAUAUCAGAGAACAGAAUAUCUCAGACGGCAACCAGCAUGCCAUCUUCACGACGAGCUAGAGAAAUAACAGUAGCCAAACAACUGUCUUUUAUAGUUCUGUCUAAUUUUCUCUUCUGGUUUCCUGUGGGAAUCAUGGGACUGAUCUCUCUUGGAGGUCAUGGGGUCAACAGUGAGGUUUAUGCCUGGACAACGGUUCUCCUUCUGCCCAUCAACUCCGCUGCAAACCCUGUGCUUUACACAAUUCCUGCCCUGCUGGAGAGAUGGGAACAGUUCAAACGUGGGGAUCAACGGACGCUUUCUGCCUCUGUGUAA